CUUGCCAAGCAUCAGAGAAUCCAUGCUGGAGAAAAACCUUAUGAAUGUAAGAAAUAUGGGAAGGCUUUGAGAGAGCAAUCUAUUCCUGUUGAACAUGAGAGAAUUCACACAGAAAAACAAUCUUACAUAUGCAUUCAGUAUGGAAAAGAUUUUCAAUAUUAUUCCAAAUUUGCUCAACAUCAGAGAAUCCACACUGGAGACAAGCUUUAUGACUGUAAGCAAUGUGGAAAGGCUUUCACAAAGCGCUACUACCUUAAUACACACCAGAGAAUCCACACUGGAGAAAAGCCUUAUGAAUGUAAUGUAUGUGGAAAGGCUUUCACCCUGAACAGCAGUCUUACUUCCCAUCAGAGAAUCCACACUGGAGAAAAGCCUUAUGAAUGUAAUGAAUGUGGAAAGACUUUCAUGCGGAGUUACAGUCUUCUUGAACAUCAGAGAAUCCAUACUAGAGAGAAGCCCUAUGAAUGUAACAAUUGUGGAAAGACUUUCAAAUGGCACUCUAAUCUUGCUAGGCAUCAGAGAAUGCACUCUGGACAGAAGCCUUAUCAAUGUAAUGAAUGUGGAAAGACUUUCACACACUGCUCCAGUCUUACUAAACAUCAGAGAAUCCACACUAGAGAGAAGCCUUAUGAAUGUAAUGUAUGUGGAAAGGCUUACAUAAAGAGCUCCAGUCUUCUUGAACAUCAGAAAGUCCACACUGGAGAGAAGCCUUUUAAAUGUAAUGAAUGUGCAAAGACUUUCACAGAUCGCUCCAGUCUUACUAAACAUCAGAGAAUCCACACUGGAGAGAAGCCUUAUGUAUGUACUGAAUGUGGAAAGACUUUCACAUAUCAUUCCAGUCUUGCUGUCCAUCAGAAAAUCCACACUGGGGAGAAGCCUUAUGAAUGUAAUGAAUGUGGGAAGGCUUUCAUACAGCGUCACAGUCUUCUUGAACAUCAGAGAAUACACACUGGAGAGAAGCCUUAUAGAUGUAAUGAAUGUGGAAAGACGUUCAUGCGCAGUUAUAGUCUUCUUGACCAUCAGAGAAUCCACAUUGGAGAGAAGCCUUAUGAAUGUAAUGAAUGUGGAAAGGCUUUCAUACGGAGUUACUGUCUUCGUAAACAUCAGAGAAUCCACACUGGAGAGAAGCCUUAUGGAUGUAAUGAAUGUGGAAAGGCUUUCACAAAGCGCUCCUACCUUGAUGCACAUCAGAGAAUCCACACUGGAGAGAAGUCUUAUGGAUGUAAUGAAUGUGGAAAGGCUUUCACACAGUGCAGCAGUCUUGGUAAACAUGAGAAAAUCCACAUUGGACAGAAAUCUCAUGGAUGUGGAACCCUUCAGACUAAGCUGAAAUCUUGCUUAACAGAGAGUGCACAUUAGCAAAAUACUUUUGAGUGUCUGGAUCAUGGUAAAGUUUUUAGUAUAUAUUAGUCUCUGACUAGACUUGGGAGAUCCCAUACUAAAUGUAAAAUCUCAUUUAUACAAUCCAAGUGACAAAACAUCCAGGCUCACUUCAUUCCGGAAUUGCCUCCAGAAAAUUCCUAGCAGAUUGAAAUCAUGGAUAAAGGCAUAAAGAUGGAAGACAGUGCUUGUUAGUCAGCAUCAAUUUUCUGCUUGGGAAGAAAUCUCCUAUCAACUUGGCAUGGGAAGAUCUUUUAGCCCAGGUUCAUUUCUGACUUUAUAUCUGAGGAUACGGAAUAGAGAGAAGACUUACAAAUGUGCUGAAUGAUGACUUGCCCUUACCUGGAAGCUAAAGGUCAGUAUAAAUCAUAAUAUUCACACUGGAACGAAAUAAUAUGCAAAAUGUAUUUGCAGAAAGGCUUUCACCUGGAUCUUUGAGUAGAAAUCUUACUGUGGAUGAAACACAUAAAUAUAAUGAAUGAGGCAAGGCCUCUUCAUACAGCUCAGAU